GUUAAUGGCGGAGUUUAAAUCAGUGUUUUUUUGUUGCUGGUUGAAAUGUAAAAUGGCGGCUCUGGGCCGGGCCUCGCCUCUUUCAGUACUUUCCAUAUUAGUCCUGGCUGCUGCUGUGCCGAAUUCAAGGAAUUUCUGACUCAUUUGCAGACAUUGGGUCAAACGGAGUUUUUUGGAGUUAGAUCACUUGCUUGUCAGUCCUCGCCCAAUUCACGUUGCGUUUAAUUUUUGGUUUAACUCGGGACCAACUGUCAUCGUUCGGGUUUCUUUGAAAGAUCGUGAUAGGAUUGCCCAUUGUUGUUUUUCCGUGACAUUAACUGUUCCAACUAUGAAAAUAUACCAGUUUUAAAAUUUGUAACUUAACUUCAUAAUGGCGGGCUAGACUCUCAUGGGCACAUUACCUUUUUUGGAAGGAGCUUUGUUUCUCUUUACUAUCCGUUUAAUCCUUUUUUUAGGGAGUACCUGCUACCAUGUAAAAUCAUAAUCCUUGCACUGAUCAUAGUUUAUGAAAUUCCUGUUUCCUGCGAUCUCUUAAUUUUUGCAAUGCAACAUUCAGUAGCAUGUUAAACAAAAACCUCUUAGCCUAUGUUUGUCUGGUAAUAUAGCAAAUAAGAAAGAAAUGAAGAAAAUUAAGACAUGGAUUUGUAUCAACAAAAAAUUUUCUUCUCUUUUGGAAUUAAAUUCAAUUACAUGAGCAAAGCCAUCUCAUAGUUUUGAUUUUAAAAUGACUAUUGCAACUAAGUGCACUGUCCUGAAUGUCCAGAUGUUCUGUUCUGAGUUUUCAGAAUUUAGGGGACUAAAAAGAGCCACAAAUAGACAAAAAUAAGUUUUAAAUUUGUUUGAGUUUCUAAAUUUUUCAACCAACACCACUAAAGCAGAUCACUUGGUCCUACUCUCAGGCCUGUGGGACCUUGUCUGCCAUGUUUCCCAUGUUACAAAUUAUAACAUUUCAGAGCUACUUGGGAGGAUCCAAACUUACUUACAGUUAAUGAGGUAUGUCAGUCUUUUUCUUGGCUUUCUUCUUUCUUUCACAGAAUUUCCUUUUCAUUAUGGAUCUCUUUAACUCCAAAUCAAUAACUCUGAAUCUUAAUUUGCCUUGAGUGGAAACCAGACACAGCUUCUAGAUGUUCUUGUUUAGCAUGCUGCUAAAUGUGAGCAAUGUGGGUUUCUCUUUUAAUGGGGAUAUUUUAACAUUAAUGAUUUCAGAGUUGCCUAGGUUUGGGUUGGAUUCAUAGCUUUACUAUUUAAUUGCGGUCUGGCACACACUUUAAUAUAUACCAUCCACUCCCACCUAUCUGACACCCCAGUCUGACUUCAAAUUUAGAAACAUUUUUGUUUGGAAAAGCUGUUAACAAAGCUCCUUCCAAAAAAGGUAAGCCCUUGUCCUAUAAAGUACUCUUCAUGAAUAUAUUACAAAAUCAGAAUUUUGGCUACUUCAGAAUUGGCAGAGAUCAAGAACUGCAAUAUGAUUUAACCUCAGAACUUUACCGAAUUUCAACAUUUGCACACUUUCCUUCAAACGCUUUGGUGUCUGAAAGGAGUCUUGCACGUGCUGGAUUCUAUUACACUGGUGUCAGUGAUAAAGUGCAGUGUUUCAGUUGUGGAAUCACUGUUGACAACUGGCAAGUGGGUGAUAAUGCGUUUGAAAGACACAGAAGAUGCAAUCCAAGCUGCAGUUUUAUUCAAAGUCUGCCUUCAGUUGAGCACUUUUCAGUUCGCUCCACAUUUUCUCCACCAAGUGCAACCUCUUUGCAAUCAUCCUUUCGUGAAAAUGGAGCUCAGAUUGGAUUAGAGUGCAGCAAUCCUAGUGAUCCAGUUGGCUCCAGAAGUGUGGAAGAUGUUUCUCAUCAAUUGAGAUAUCCACAGUAUAGUACAGCUAUGUGUAGUGAAGAAAUGAGAUUGCGAACCUUUCAGAAUUGGCCCUCUUAUUCUUCUUUAAUUCCUGCAGAGCUAGCCAAAGCUGGAUUUUAUUAUACUGGUGAAGAAGAUAGGGUUGCAUGUUUUGUUUGUGGUGGAAAGUUAAGUAAUUGGGAACCUGGAGAUCAUGCAUCAUCUGAACAUAGAAGACAUUUUCCUUCAUGUCCCUUUGUUUUGGGGAAUCCGAUGGGCAACAUUCCAAUGAGUAAUACAGAAUCUCAAAGGCUAGAAGAAAGGCAUGGAAUGGUUCAAGCUGUGCAUCCACGACAUCCUGAGAUGCAAUCUUAUGAUACUCGACUACAGACUUUUUUGAGAUGGCCUGUCAGGAAUUUUAUUCAACCUGAACAGUUAUCCAGAGCUGGAUUCUACUAUGUUGGGCAAAAUGAUGAUGUGAAGUGUUAUUAUUGUGAUGGUGGCUUGAGGAGCUGGGAGGCUGGAGAUGAUCCAUGGGUGGAACAUGCAAAAUGGUUUCCAAGAUGUGAAUAUCUUCUUCAAGAGAAGGGACAAACAUUCGUACACCAGAUCCAGACAAGGUUUCCAAAUCUAUUUGAUCUCCAGCUGCAUUCCAGUUCGGAUGACAUUUUGGAGGAAACUCAGACCCCAGUUGUUCAUUUUGGAGCUGGGGAAAAUAGAUCAGAAGAUGCAAUCAUGAUGAAUACGCCAGUGGUUAAGGGUGCUAUGGAAAUGGGUUUUGAUCGAAGACUCGUAAUGCAGAGCGUUCAAAGAAAAAUCCUUACAAGUGGAGAGAAUUAUAAGUCAGUUAUUGAACUUGUGACUGACUUGCUGAAUGCCGAAGAUGAAGAAAGACGGGAAGACAAAGAAAGAAGAUUGGAGGAAGUAGCUGAAGAUGAUGUAAUGCUACUCAAGAAGAAUUGUGUUGCUUUGAGUCAGAAUUUGACAAAAGUAAUACCCUUACUUGAUGAUCUAGAAACACGAUCUUUAAUUAACAAAUCAGAAAGUGAAACCAUUAAACAAAGACCUCAGGCAAAUGAACAAGCCAGAGAGCUACUUGAUACAAUAAUUCGUAAAGGAAAUGCAGCAGCUGAGGCAUUUAGAGAUGUCCUUUUGGUUAAUGAGCCAGAAUUGCAUGAAAGGUUGUAUGUUAAAAAGAAUUUGUCUUAUUCAACAUCAGAUUUGAUGGGCUUGACCAUGGAAGAACAAUUGCGAAGGUUGCAGGAAGAACGAACUUGUAAAGUAUGUAUGGACAAGGAGGUCUCGGUUGUGUUUAUAAUGUGUGGUCAUUUGGUUGUUUGUACAGACUGUGCGCCAUCCCUGAGGAAGUGCCCAAUCUGCCGUGGUACCAUCAAAGGAACAGUUAGAACAUUUUUGUCCUAGUCAUGAUAUCUAGUUUCCUGAUAUGAUCAGGAGAACCGUUGAACUGAUGGGGUUAAUCAAACUGGAUGUAAAAAGUGAAUUUGAGUGACAGCAUGUACAGUCUCUUCAUCUUUUAGCUCAGGAAUAAAUUGGAGUAUCUGGUUAAGUAGUCUGAUUAUACUGAAUGCCUCUUAAGUUUGCCUUAAAUUUUCUGUAGCUCAUACGUUCUUCCAUAUUCUGAUCCAAAUCAUUUGUAUAAGUAACAAACUAAAUAGGAUCCAGAACUUCUCUCUGUGGAACACCACUAGGACAGGCCUCCAGUCUGAAGAGCAACCCUCCAGCACCACUGUGCUGCUUGUCAUCAAGUGGAUUUUUGUAUCCAAUUUACGAGCUCACCCUGAAUCCCAUGUGACCUAACUUUACUAAUUAGACUAUCAUUCGGAACCUUGUCAAAGACUUUACUGAUAUCCAAGUAAACAAGGCUAUUGCCCUGCCCUCAUUUAUCUUUUGAUAACAUCCUCAAAAAACUCAAUCAAGUUUGUGAGAAGAUUUUCCUCACACAAAACACUGGCUACCCCUAAUCAAUUUAUGCCUCUCAAAAUGUCCAUAAAUCCUAUCUUUCAUAAUCACCUUGAACAAUUUAGGGCUAUAGUUCUCCAGUUUCUUCUUACGACUUUUCUGAAACAAAGCUACAACAUUAGCCAUCAUGUCAUCAGGUACCUCACCCAUAAAUAUAGAUGAUACAAAUAUUUCUGCAAAGGGUCUCACAAUUUCGUACCUUGCUUCCCAUAAUGUUCUGGGAUACGUUAGGUCAGGUCCUGGAGAUUUAUCUGCCCUUAUAUUCUCUGAGUCUUCCCAAACUUCCUCUUGAUGUUUUAAUAAGUUCAUAUUACAAAAUUUAUUUCUCUGCAUUCUCUGGACUCCAGACUUUUAAAAAAUGCAAAAUAUUCAUUUAGUAUUGCUCCCAUCUCCUGGGCUUCAUACACAAAGGCAAAAACUUUGAUCUUUAAGGGGCCCUAUCCUCUCUAUAGUUACCCUCUUGCUCAAUAUAUUUGUAGAAACUCUGGAUUAUCCUUAACCUGAUCUGUGAAUGCUAUUUCAUGGCUCCUCUGCCUUCCUGAUGUCUUUCUUAAGAAUGCCCCUUCAUUCUUUAUAUUGAUUUGAAUCCAGUUGUUUAUAUCUAAAAUUCUCUUUUAUUCUUGACUAGGACCUCAAUAU